ACAGCACAGAGUCCACUGGAAUUACAGCUUCAGAAGAUGGUGCUUUCCAGAGGAGGGGGUCAGGCAAAUGCUAUAACAGUCUGUCAGGGACUGAAAUUCCAGACAAUCAAGGAAAAGAGUUUAUCAUAGGAUACAUGGAAGCACGUACUUCUGGUGGACGCGUCUCAAAGAAACCAGUUGAUCUGUUUAUAACUACGUCUUCUGUAACACCAGUGGAUGUAGAAAUAUCUACUCCAAAAGAUGGAAACAAUGUCAAGAAAAUAACUGUCACCCAAGACAAGGUAGAACAUGUACAGCUUCCGAAAGAAUUAAGAUUACUCGGUAAUAUGCGUUGUAAUAAAGGGGUACUUAUCAAAGGAAACAAAGAAAUUAUUGUUUUUGGCUUAAACGUUGCCGAUGUGUCGACAGAUGGUUUCAUGGCACUACCAGUUGAUGUGUUGGGUACAAAGUACUUUGUUCCAGCUUACAGAAAUAACGCUCAUUUUAGGAAUUCCUCCAAAACUGCGAUUUUAGUUGUAGGAGUUCAGGAUAAUACAAAUUUAUCGAUCAAGCUUUCAGAAGGAGGCAAUGUGGAGGUAGAGGUGGACGGGAAGAAAUAUUACGACGGUGAUUGGAUAAAUACGACCAUUAACCGAUUUGAAACACUCCAGAUCGUAACAAGUGGAGACCUGACGGGUACCUUUAUACACACCAGUUCUCCAGUGUCCGUUUUUGGGGGAAGCACGGUAACAAAUAUCGGUUCCGGAAGAACAAGGGAUCAUGUCGAAGAACACAUACCCCCCGUAAAUGUGUGGGGGAAAACAUUCUUCAUCAAUCCCAUUCCCAACACAGAUGACAAUAUCUUUCGUUUCCUGUCAAGUCAAGACGAUACUGAACUCAUGGUGAACAAUAACAAACACGUUUUACAGAAAUCUGGGCAGUUCCUAGAAACAAGAUUACAUGGGUUCUCCGUUGUAACUUCUAAUAAACCGAUAUUGUCAGUCCUAUAUGUUCCAAGUCCAGCAAAUUAUGGUUCUUCAGGGGACCCCGCCAUGGCACUGAUUCCACCAAGGGAACAGUUUAACAGUUUUUAUUCCUUCGCCACCCCUGUAUCAUCACGAAAUGCAAACUUUUCAACAGUUUUCGUUUUUGUUAUAGAGACAAAGGAUAAGAAUGGAAUCGUUCUUGACGGUAAACCAGUUUCUAUGUCUCAAAUCAAACAAUUGGAGCACCAAGAUAACUUCUCUUUCGGGUAUUUAGAAAUUCCUCCUGGAAGUCACACUUUGAAACAUUCUUCAGUUAUAGCCAAAUUUAGUGGAAUAUUAUACGGAGGUGCUCGUUAUGAAUCAUACUGCUUUCCUGUUGGACAACGAUUUGCACCAAUAAAUGAAAUAUGCAGACAAAAGCCGGUGACUAUUGGAGAUGGGCUCGACAAUGAUUGUGAUGGUGAUAUCGACGAAGAAAUUUGUUUUGAUAACCAAG